CGGGGCCAAUGGCAGCGACUCGUCCGGGCGGCGUGUUCCCUGGAAGGGAGGGGCCCUACCCCGGGACAACCUGCCAUUUCCGCCUGUCAAUACAGCAGAGUUUGGACAAGUGAAGAGGAAGUAGCGCAUCGUUAUGUUCUGCUUUCGGUCUGCGCCCUGCCUGCUCCGUCACAUGACAGAGCCGAGCCCCAGCCGAGGACAGAUGUGAGGGGCCGGUUGUCCCCGAGGCGAGACCCCCCCCCCCCAGCAAGACGAAGGAAAGUUAAGAGACCAUGCUGAGGCUGAGGCAAAAGUUCGACCUGCACAGAGAUGUGGACUUGGACAUCCUCAGGAAAGAGGCGUCGGUGUGCAGGGUGAAAGAAUAUUCAGAAGCUGUGGACACUCGUAUCCUGAACAUUGAGAGCGACGGGACCAUCCUUUAUUCCUGGAAGGGAGUUACAGGCACAACCAGGAUCGGGAAAUAUGACUCCAGUACCAAACAGAACAAGCUCCUCUACACAUUUGACAAACAGGUGUGUGUCAGCAGCUGCUCGCUGAACAAGGAGGAGACGCUGCUAGCUGUCAGCUUGGCCCAAAAUACUGGAGUUGAAGAACGCCUCAAACCAAUAUCAAAGUGUCUGACUCUGCUGAUAGAAAUUCGCCCUAUAAACAACACUAAAGUCCUCAAAGCAGUGGACUGCAGAGUCAAAGUGCAGUUUCUCCAUCAAGAAACGGACAGGAAAUCAGUGCCGGAGAGCCAUCUGCUGUUGUUCACUGAAGACGGAUAUGUGGAUCUAUACCAUGUGCUGCUCAGCAAACAGGAGGGUUACAGAGUGGUGAUGGCAAAUCCCGAACGCUUGAACAAAACAGCCGAGAGAAUCGUGGAGGACUUCUGCUGGGUCCAGUGGGACGGACACACACAGAGACUCUACUAUCUUACGCUGAAGGAAAAGUUCCUGCUGCGAUGCAUCCAGUUCUACCCAAACCAUUACUGCGAAACAGUGUUGGAGCUCAUUGUAGAGAUGCCUGCAAACUCUUUCCGCAAAGUCAAGUUUGUAAAUCUUGGUUUCGACCAUUAUCAUGUGGAAAAACCAGAUGAGGAGCCUGUCAGGAUGCAAGUGUUCACGAGCAGAAUAGGAAGCAUGUGUGUGUGCUACAGCCAGACAGUAAAAGACAAACAGGAGCUGACGUACACCAUGGUUUGUGUUCAAAAAGACUACAGCAAGAAGUUCCGAGUAUCUCUGGGCAGCGAUGAGUCGCCGCAGAAAUCCACUCAGCUUCACCCACUCUUCAUCCCGAUAGGCUACUACAUCCUGGUGUAUCUGCAGGGUCAUUUCCUCCACUGUAUCAACAGCAGGCAGCAGGAGAUGCUCUGCCAUUCCCUCUUCCUCUCCGGGGACGAAGCUAGCCUCGGCCUGCCGUGUCAGGCGGCUAACAUGACAUUGCUGCAUGUGGAUGAGCAAUCCAACAGCUGCUUGCUGGAUCUGGAGAGCGGGAGGAUCCACUCUGCCGAGCUCAGCCCUGCUUACCUGCUGCAGAUCCUGCGGUCGGACCCACGCUCCAAGUGUCCCAGCGGUAGGAGCGACGCUCAGCGCCUGGCUGCCCUCCACUGCCUGCUGGUUUACAUGGGAAAUGACCCGAACCUGGAGCUGAAGUGCGUCCCGCUUUGUCUGAUGGAGGUCCCCGGAGUGUUGUGUACCACUGAGCUGCAUAUCGAAACUGUCUUCAAAGGGAAGGCCAGGGGUCUCCAGGGUUUCUGGGCAGACCUGCAGUGGUACACAGAGAGGACAAAAUAUCUGGACGCCGUUCCCAACCCCAGAUACAGAACCUCGCAAAUUCAGGGCGUCUGGGAUAAGCUGAGGUCUGAGAAGAGACCCUCCAGCCUCAUGAAUCACAUGGAAGAGAACACAAAGAAAGUUCUCUCGGUGGUGGACACCUGGUGUCUGGAUAAGAAGCUGGUCCCACUAUUUCAGGAGGAAGACCAUCAACAGAGGAUGUUCAUUGGCCUGACAGUUGACAAGCUCCGAGAGCACCUCAACCGACACCUGCCUCGGCUCGGGAAGAAGAAGAUCGACUCGCUGGUCGUCAACUACGUGGCCAAACUGCUGGAGCUCAUCAGGCACAUGCUGGAGUCGGCCUGGCUGAAGCACAAACUGGGGCCCCGCGUUUUGUGCCUGAUGCAGCAGGGCAGUCCGGCUGAGUGGGCCGUCUUCCACUUCAUGUUUCGGAUCCUGGAAUCCACCAGGGGCCUCUGCCUACCCCUCCCACCUGGCUAUCACACCCUGUUCACCGUGCUGGCCGUGCGCUGCCUCCCUCACCACACCUUCCUGCAGUACAUUGACCACGGCUUCCUGCAGCUGACCGAGACCUUCGUUUCUCGCCUCAUGACAGAUUUGGACAACAGUGGCGCCAAUGAGAGACUGAAGUUCAGCAUCCUGAAGAGGCUCCCCGAGCCUAUGGUGCAGAGGAUCUGCCAGAUGUGGGAUCAUCCUGUCAGUUCGGCCUCCAUCUCCAGAGACUACGUCCGGACGCUGCUGGAGAAGCACAACAAACAGAAGGGAUUUGCAUUCACAGACAGAGACAAGCCCGCCUUCAGACCCGAGUUCCUGCCUCUCACCUACCUGGCAAAAAUACUCUCCGAUAUCGAAGCACAAGCUCCGAACCCGUUUGAGGAGCAGGAGAACGUGGACGCCCGGUUCGUGGAGGAGACGGCCCUGAUGCAGACGCUGAUCCUGCUGGGCCACCAGAAGAAAUGAAGGAAGGCAGAAGGGCGGAGGAGGACGAGGGGCGGGGGGGUUCACGGAGCAACAGAUGAGAGGGAGAGAACAGCCUUCUCCGCCAGAGGAUGAUGGAGGGGCAGAAAGGGUGGGAAAUGAAAAAUGAGUGGAAAGACUGAGACUCAUAAACAAGCUCUUACUGUUUGAUGACAAAUUAUGGGGGGGGCCGAGAGACAGAUGGAGGAUCUGGAAGGAGUCCAACUGCUUUUCAGGAAAAAAAUGAAGUGUCUGAGAAAAACAGAAGAAGCGUGUUGCACAAACACAAGAACACAGACAUGAAAUUCAUUUUUGAAUACGAUAAAGUAAUCUUUUUAAUAUAAGAACACAGAAACACAUCAGACUCGCAUCGAAAGCCAACGACUGGAAGCAGAUUUUUUUAAACCCUCGUUUUCUCUAGCAGCCACAAUUCAUUCCUCUGAUUGUUUCUUUCAUGCAAUUUAUGAACAUCCAUGUCAAAUAAUCAGAACAGGGCUUGUAAAUCUUUUUUUUUUCCUCCUGUGUUUCCUGUAAUGCUGCUGCAUCCCAUCAACUUGAUUACAUGCUGGGGCUUUUAAAGCGUUUUGGAGAGUAUUUAGGUCUAAGCAGGUCCAGUUUCUCUGAAUCCUCCUCAGAUGGAGACGGAUCUCAGGAGAGGGCGUCGCCUGUGGUGCGUUCAAGGUGCACCUCUCACACAAUUUUCUGCUUCGUCUUCAAAAUGUUUGAAGCAGCUCAGACCUGGAUUUAAGUCUGAGACUGUCAGUCAGUGGACACAGAGGAAAAGGGAAGCAUUUGGACUUGCGUUCUGCUUUUCUGGGAUGGAGGUGUUUCGGUGAGGGUUAAUCAUAAAGCGCGGCUUAUUUUGGGUCUUUGUGUUCGUAAUCCUUUUGUGUAUGAAUGUCGGCUCCAAAGAGACGUCCAACACAUUCUUACCUGCAGUGCCAAACAUUCCUCUGGAAAAAGGAUUUCCUAAUCAUUAUCUCUGUUUACAUUUGAAAAGGGACCGUAAAUAAAGGCUGUUUUUCUCAGGCCGUUUUUCCUCUUUUAUCUUGGUAUUUUGGGAGUACUCUGGGAUGUGAGAAGCUUUGUGUUUUUGCAGUUUGCCUUUGGGUAAUUUGAGCUACUUCCGGCGGGCGAAACGACCUGGGCCUGCAGUGAAGUGGUUAAUGAGUUGUCAGGAUCUUCGCAGGAGGAAGUGAGCUGUCAGAUGCCCCAAAAAAACCUGAGUGUUUUGGACAACCUCAGCAGAGUUCAGCUGAAGUCAGGAAAUGAUCUUAGUCAUCAC